CCCCUGACAUGAACAUUAUCGAGCAUGUCUGGGAGGAGUUAGACCGCCGUGUGCGCCGUCGUUCCCCUCUCCCCCGGAAUGUUGAUGAGUUAUGGGCUGCCUUGCAGGAGGAAUGGUAUGGGCUUGAUACUGGUUAUAUACAGAAGCUGUACGAUUCCAUUCCCCAUCGUGUUGAGGCUCUCAAGGCUGCUCAUGGACUGCAUACACGCUACUAG